CAGCCCCGCGCUGUGUGACGCCAUCGCCGCGCGACGCGGCGCCUCCGGGAGCCCUGGGUCACGGCGGAGGAUCGUCGUCUACAGUGACAGGUUCCCUGUGUGGCCUCGCGUGGCCCGGCCUCAGUUUCCCACCUACUGAGUACAGUUCUGCACGGUCCUACAUCAGGGCCAGUGACUGUUUCCUACUGCCACCACAGCUCUAAGGGAAAACGAUGCAAUUGGGCAGCCUGCUUGGUGGCUGGCCGUCCUGGCACUUCUUGCUGUCUGCCUCACCACCAUCGGUCAACCAGUGCCUGUAUCUUGCCUGUAGCCUGCUGAGACACUGUGCUGCGAGGGCAGCCUCCCCUGCACCCUGCCACCUACACACAUCCUCUUGGAGAGCUGAUUGUAACAGGGCUUCAUUCACUCGGCUGCGUCGCCAGGCCUAUGGUCGCCUCUACCCUGUGCUGUUGGUCAAACCGGACGGCUCCACCAUCCAUAUCCGAUACCGGGAGCCACGACGCAUGCUGGCGAUGCCCCUAGACCUGGAUGCCCUGUCUCCAGAAGAGCGCCGGGCUCGGCUUCGAAAACGCGAGGCUAAGCUCCUGCAGAGGACAGGGGAAGAACCAGAGGUGGUUGACAGUUUUGACACUGAACAGUACAAACGGUUUUGGACCAAGACCAAGAAGUAAUUCUGCCAGGGAGUUACAGUAGAGACAUUUUGUAAGGAUGGGGAGGCAUCUGUCUUUACACAAUACAUACUUGAAACCAUG